UUUCUUUUUCUUUUCUUUUUUUUGAAACCAAGCAUGUCAGGACAAGAUGAGCGAAUCAUAUACUUUUCGUCAUUAUGUGAACAACUUUAUAAUCCCAAAAGUCCAACUGAAGGAGAACAAGUUCAACGUGUGUUGGAAGCUAGUUUCCCCACCUUUUCUGACUCUUCCACGAAUAACCCGGGACUUGACAACCUACCUACGUUUGGUAUACGUACACCCACUGAUACAGCCAACGCUUUAAGAAUUUUACUAGAGAACUCACCCAACCCGUAUGUCCAAACGUUUGCCUUAUCAAGGCUUAAACAGUUGGUCUUGGCCCAGUUCACUUUAUUUGAUAGAGACACCAAAAUUCAAUUACGUACAUUUUUGUUAGAGUAUGCUUUUAUUCAUUAUGACUUGCAACCUUUUGUGAUAAAUCAGUUGGCAAGUGUACUGGCUUUGUUAACAAGAUUUGGAUGGUUGGAUCAUGAAGAGUAUCAGCAAGUCUAUAAAGAUAUGACACAAUUCCUCCAGGCAUCUGCUGAACACCGUAUUGUUGGAUUACAAAUAUUAGCAGUGAUCGUUCAAGAUAUGAAUUCGACUGUGGUACCUAAAUACGCUGCCAAGUUUAGAAAAGCAUCUGCGGGACUAAGGGAUACACAACUGUUUGAUAUCUUUAAGAACGCAUUUGAAUUAUUAAAGAGUCUGGUUUCAAGAUCGAUACCAUUUGAAUUAGCUGGACAAGAGGAUCGAACAAAAGACGCCACAUUGGACUUACUUUGCAAAUGCUUACUCUAUGAUUUUUCUGGUACAACCGUAGAUGAAUCAGGUGAAGAGACAGGCACCAUUCAGAUUCCGUCCACAUGGAGAUCCUUGGUCGAAAAUGAUGAAUUUCUUCCUACCUUCUUCAAAGCAUACGAUGUCUUUCAACCAGCACACGCCAAAAAGGCCAUGGACUGUCUUGUUCAGAUCGUGGCCACACGUAAGGGCAUGUUUAGCGGAGAAGACGAGCGCACCAAGUUCAUUACGACCAUCAUGCAAGGCAUACGCAACAUCAUCCUCAGUCUGCGACAUAUAGACGAUGCCGACUGUUAUAACGGAUUUUGUCGAUUGCUGCAACGGUUCAGAACGGCAGUUACCUUGAAUGAUCUGGCAGAGAUGCCUGGAUACAUCGAAUGGAUCGAACUUGUCGGCACUUUUACACAGAAUGCGUUUCAGACAAACACUAGCUUCCAUCUGCUUCGAUUCUGGUACAAGAUUGUGGAAGGUAUGAGCUAUUUCCAGCAGCUAGGAGAAAAGACGGUCAAGAAGCUUCAGGAAAUUACAGUGCAGCUCGUAAGGACGUUCAUGACCACGCAUCUUGCUGCGGUGGGGGGUGAGAUGAUGUGGGAUGAGAAUCCGCUAGAGGAAGAAGAUAGCUUGGUAGAAUCACUAAGUAUGUUUGGACAAAUUGCAAGGUGUCAAUAUGAGCAGUCAUGUGCUGUUCUCAUCGAGCUCUUUGAUCCCAUUGCCGCCGACUAUCAGGAAUUCAUUAGUCAAGCGAGCAUGGCUGGUGUGAAUCAGGAGAGUAUGAAAGAGGCUAUUGAUAUGUAUGAAUCCAAAUUUGCUUGGCUUGUCUACUUUAUGGCAGUGUUCAUUGGCAAUCGACCUGCAUAUCUUAGCUCAGAUGAAAGUGAUGCAGCAGAUGGUGAAUUGAUUACAAAGGUGAUCCAACUGAUGGAAACAAAUCAAGCUCUUGUUCAAGAUAAUCGUGUCUUUUUGAGCAAAAGACUGGAUACUGCACUCGUCUACUUUUUCUCUCAGUAUAGACGGUCGUACGUGGGCGAAACAAAUGCAAAGGAGGUUUACAAGAAGCCAAAUGAAGUAUUUGGAAUUGAAGAUCAAUCGGAUAUGCUCAAUUUGAUCAUGCGUAAAAUUAUCACCAACUUACAGUGCUGGGGUGAGGAUACUCGUGUAAUAUGGAAAACACUCGACUUAUUCAAUGAACUUGCAAGUGGAUACAGUGCCUUAAAGAGUCUACGAAAGAUUGAAUCAAUGACACUGUUAAUGCAAAAUCACUUAUCGACCGAAUUCACCUUUCUUCACAAUUCUGAUAAACAUCAAAGAAAUCGCAUGCUUUACUAUCAAAUACUUUGCAAGAUCUUGUUUGCGGAGGAUAAUAAUGAAGCCGAGUUUUAUGAGUUUAUGAAACCGUUUGAAGACAGACUGAAUGAGUUAUCGCUGCUUUCUACAAGAGAGGAGUUUCAGCAGCCUCAAGUUCAGCGCGCCAUCAUUGAUCUGUUUCUUGAUUUAAGAGGAUUCAUUGAACCCAUUCAAAGUCGUCGCAGCUUUUUAUUAUUCUUUGACUGGUUCUAUCCAGAUUAUAUGCCGAUUUUAUUAAGAGCCGUUGAAGCCUGGUCACCGGAUCCAUUGACCUAUCCAUUACUCAAGUUUGUUGGAGAACUUGUGCAAAACAAAAGCCAGCGGUUGAAUUUGGACAUCUCUUCGCCGAACGGUGUUCUCUUGUUCCGUGAUGCUAGUCAGUUGAUAUGCAGCUAUGGGCAACAGGCGAUAACACAGCACGUGACGGACGAUAGAAAAAAAUAUGCAGCAAAGUACAAAGGCAUAACUAUAUGUUUUAAUAUACUCGCAAGGUGCUUAGGCGGUAAAUACAUCAACUUUGGCGUGUUCUGGUUAUAUCAAGAUAAGGCGAUUAGUGACGCAUUUAGCAUGAUGUUUCAAAUGAUACUCAAUAUACCCCUGAAUGACAUGAUGAAUUUUCCUAAAUUGACAAGAGCCUUCUUUCUCAUGAUGGAUGAAUUUUCGAACGAGCAAAUGAUGAUAGACCCUAAUCUGCCUGCAGAGGCAUUUCUCUAUAUUUUAGAAGCAUGUGAAAUAGGGAUUGAGUCAAGUGACCCGUACAUUCGUACACAUGCAUGUACCACCUUGAACAACAUCCUCACCUUUGUUGUUCAGGAAAGAGAAAGAGCACAGCCCAAAGAGAAAGAGAUGAAGAAGAGGAGACCGAGCCAUACACUUGUUAUGAAUUACUUUACUCAGUUCCCUCAAGUCUUACCUCGAAUGCUCACUAGUGUAUUUGGCAUGAUUUUAUUUGACGAUAAUAAUGAUCAGUGGCAGCUGUCAAGACCGCUAUAUACGCUUGUGUUACUUGAACGUGAUUUUGCUUCAAAAUACACAAAUCAAGUGAUCAUGCAACAGUUACCCGAACGACGAGAAUAUGUAACCAAGCUGUUGAGUAACUUGAUGGAAGGCUCUGGAUGGACACUUGGUACAAAAGAUAGAGAAAAAUUUUCACAACAAAUAUCUAACCUUAAAAGGGAACUCGUGAAUCAUCAGAUAACACUGGUUCCUGUCUAAAUAAAAAUAAACCUU